CAUUCUUGUUUGUUAUUAUUUAUCUCCCAUCAAAUAGGAACAUAUUUACUGAUUAAAAUUAAGAAAUGGAGCAGUGGGAAGCUAUUAUAGAGAAUUUAGAGCGUCCGCCGGAUCAGUGUCAUCGUACGUUCGAGAAAAUAUUGGAAACUGCAGCCGCUUUAUUGAGUACCGCGGUGACUCAGCUCGCCCCUUUCGAAACAGAAUGGCUGGUGGAUACUCUGCUUCACUCUCCGGUGGAGCUCUUGACAACUGUGUCCCAGAAGCGGGGCGACGAGGUGUGGCGCAAAGCUGUGGCAGAUGCUCUGAAACUUAUGGCAAGCGUGGCCGGAUUGUCUCAUAAAUACUAUGAGCAGAUUGUUGAUAUCUGUCUUCUAAACUACGACCCCGAGCUCCGUAAGCACGCUCUGGCGUGCCUCGCCGCGGUCGCUAAACAUUCGGACGCCGCUACCAGAGACUUCGCAAGGCACGUGCAAGCGCUGGAAGAGGCUACACAGUGCAGGGCACCUAUAGCGCUACUAGUGGGCGCGCUGUGCGAGCACCACCCCGCCGUCGUUUGCGACGAGCUGACUCGCAUCUGGCGCGGCUAUCUCAACAUGCUGGACAAUUACAAGAACACGGAUACGGUGACUAAAGCAGCUCUCGAGGGCGUCUGCAGUCUGUUCAAGCACUUCGGCGACGAGCUACCCUGCGCCGAGCUGAACCACUUCUAUGAUAACCUCGCCAAAGUGUACAUCGAGAAAUCUGGCUGCCAGGCUGCAUGCUACAGUAUUCUGGCCGAGCAUGCGUCGUUGUUCCGCGAGCGAGUCUCAGCAGAUCGCGCGCUGCGCUUGAAGUUGUGGGGCGCCGCCCCGCCGGCCACUCUGCUCGCAUGCUACAGUAUUCUGGCCGAUCACGCGUCGUUGUUCCGCGAGCGAGUCUCAGCAGAUCGCGCGCUGCGCUUGAAGUUGUGGGGCGCCGCCCCGCCGGCAACUCUGCUCGGUGUGUACGCGGUGGCACAGUGCGAGAACAAAACUGCAUUUAUAAAUAUAUUAACAACCGAGGUCCUCCCCCACACCCAGUCGCCGUCCCACCAAGUGAAAACGACCGCGUUACGAAUACUGGGCGCGACCAAAAGUUUCGGAGAUCUGUCGCAGUUCACUGACGUACAUACACUCGAGUACGAGCUGAGGGGGAAGGUGUCACAUGCUGAUGCUGAACUUAUACUAUGGUGCGUAGAAUACAGCCUAUCGAACAGCGAGCGACUGCUACAGGCAGCCAUCUUGUUUUACGAGAAUUUGCCGCAAGCCGUGCGCAAGAAGAUCGUUGUCAAGGGCAUUUCAAACUCACCACCGGAGCUCAAGCGAGCAGCCAUACAGUUCCUGAUAUCACAAUCGUGCGAAGACCCGGAUGCGCGCGUGUGGCGCGACCUUCUACAAGAUGAUGACGUCACGGUCGUGACGGCUGUCGUCCGGGAGCUGGCCGACUGUCUGGCAGCAGCCUUACAGGCGGUGCAGGAUGACGAAAUUGAGGAGCUACCCCCAAAGCUGUCUUCCCUGUUACGCCUAGCAUCUCUAGUUCCGCCCGCACAUGCGUUACCGCUGCGUGCGUGUGGUCCGCAGCUGCGGGGCCUCGUUCACCACGCCGCUACGCUGAACGCCGCUAAAGCUUUGCUUGCGGGGGCCAGUGACUUGUAUAAGUCAAUACGACUGCACAGAUGUCGGGACGAAGCCACGCUGCACGCGGCGUGUCUCGCGCUAAUACAGUCUCCUGAAGAUGUCGAUAUAGAGGCUGGUGAAAUGCUGACCGCGCUGCAAAUGAUAUUUUCGAGCGACGUAGACCCGAAGAUACACACAGAGGCUUUAAAGAAAUUCGACUAUUUACUCGCUAAGGAGAGAAGUCCGGACGUAGACAUUCGCGAUGUAAUACGCUCGUUAGAGAAACUGAGAGCGCGCGGCGACCGAACGGACCGGGACGUCCGGAUACUUCACAGAGAAAUCACUAUGUUUUUAGGUAAGCACGGUACCGUAGAUAUGAACAAUAACAGAGAUACUUGGGACGACGCUGUUGUGGUUGACUUGAAGAAAUCCCUCGCACUCACUUUACCCCACCAGGGGAGCUCUUACAAGGUGGACCUCAAAACUAUGUUGUUGCUGGCGUUACAGCAAGAGGACCCGCGCGCGCUGCUGACGCUACUCGCCAUGUUGUGUGCCAACCUGUCCUCCAACAAAGAAAUGAGUACACAGCGAGCGAUAAUCCGCGUCGCUCGUGCGUUGGCGAACGCGCACGCCGCGGGCGGCGGCGACUACGCCGCGCACAUACAACACGCGGUGCGCCUGUGUGACGCAGCCGGCGUGGAUUUAUUGCAGUACAUAAGUAGCAGUAAGUCGUGCGGGGCUCGCAAGCUGCUGGCCGCAGCCCUAGCCGCGGUGUGCGAGGAGCCCGACGUGCUGCAGAGGGUCGCGGAGCGCGCCUCCUACAUUAGCAGCAGUAAGUGCGGGGCUCGCAAGCUGCUGGCCGCAGCCCUAGCCGCGGUGUGCGAGGAGCCCGACGUGCUGCAGAGGGUCGCGGAGCGCGCCUCCGUCAUGCUAGCCAGCUCUGAAUGUAAGUUACAUCAACAGUUACUUUCAUACAUUAGCAGCAGUAAGUGCGGGGCUCGCAAGCUGCUGGCCGCAGCCCUAGCCGCGGUGUGCGAGGAGCCCGACGUGCUGCAGAGGGUCGCGGAGCGCGCCUCCGUCAUGCUAGCCAGCUCUGAAUGUAAGUUACAUCAACAGUUACUUUCAUACAUUAGCAGCAGUAAGUGCGGGGCUCGCAAGCUGCUGGCCGCAGCCCUAGCCGCGGUGUGCGAGGAGCCCGACGUGCUGCAGAGGGUCGCGGAGCGCGCCUCCGUCAUGCUAGCCAGCUCUGAAUCCACGACCAAACGGGCCGGCCUCGACAUCGCAGAGACCAUACUAACAUCUCUAGAGAACAAUCACGCUCUAAGCAAAACCAUUUUGCCCGAACUUACCACACUUAUAGCAUUAACUUACGAGAGCGACACGAAAACUAUAUUCAAAAUCGCUUCUAAAGCAUUCAUAGAUAAAAGACAACUUUUCGAUAGAGAUACGAUCAGAAAAACAGUAUUUAACCUUCUGGAUAACGUUUUGAAAAGCAAUGUAUCCGAUGUCAAAAUAUAUAAAGACACUGUGAAAAUGACAAUUGAAUUUGUGAAGAAUUUACGAGACGUCAAUUUGGAUGAAAUGUUAGAUGUUGUUUUUGACAUUAGUAAAAAUUAUGUCAAUGUAAAAACGCUGUAUGUGUUGGCAGUUAUGAAGAGUGAGUUUGAUUUUGACAGUGAGAUGUCAAGGAAGAUUUUAGGAAGGGAGGAUUGUGUUUUAUUGAAUUGUUUGCUCGGAUUGACUAUCGAUCGAAACGACGUCUUCAAAAUGGAGGCGAUCUUGAAAUUUUUAGAGGAAUAUUCAGAAGGCGUUUUGGAGUUGAAAUAUAUGGAAACUAUAAAAUUAAUUUCAGACAUAAUCACAAACUUCACAUCAACAUUAGUCAAAGAACUGCAUAAAAACAUCAAUCUAUGUUUUACAUCUCUAAAAAAACACUGGAAAAACACACCAAAGACAAUAAUGGCCAGCAUUCAAACCUGGCUGAAUAUGCUGCCAAUUAAAAAAAUAACCGAAUCCAUAGAGCGUGAGCACUUCACGACCGAACAUCACUUACACAUACAAGCUUUCAACAUAAUGUCAAACAUAUUUGACAUGUCCGAACUCAUUUCACCAGAUGUCAAAGUGGAAAUGGCAAAAUGGCCAAAAUUUUUGAUGAAAUUAUACGCGUCUGGCAGGUUAGAAGAAUAUUUCUACGAAGAAAUGUCAUAUUUUACUGACAUAAUCACAGUCAGUUUAAAGUUUUUGACGGCAGAAGAUGUCAAGAAGAUUUUGAAAGGGGAGUCCAAAAAUGGCAUUUCGUUUGGGGCAUUUUUUAUUGAAGGUUGUUUUAAAGUGUUGACUGAGAAACCUUUUGUAUUGUUAGAAGAUGAAUUAAAAGAAUGUAGCGUUCUUUUGAAUGACAUAGUAAGGAUGACUGUGAAGAAAAAUUUCAAAGAACGAUAUGGAAAUGUGCUGGAAUUGGUGGAUGAGCUCUGGCCGACGUACGAACAGCACGCGACCUUCGUCCAAGAGCACUGUCUCCUAGCCAACCUACAGUGCCUCGGACCGGGGCCGGAAUCAAACCCACUACAAUGGGCGACACGGGUCGUAUGUUCGCAAGAUGCGUCGCUCGACGAGAGGACCAAGCUUCUGUGUUUCUUACCGGAGGAGGCGUUCAAGGUACCGGAAGUGUCAGCGGCGGUGUCCUCACUGUUCCCGGCGCGGCUGCGGGAGCUCCGGCCCGCGCUGCUGGAGGCGGCCGCGGCGCGCCCGGCCGCGCUGCUGCCGACUGUCGCCGCCCUUGCAGGCAACGACACAAGCACGGGCUGGUGGGACUCGGCCUUAGAGUCCUGCGUGUCUGCUUCAGCUAAAUGGAACAACCUGGAACUGUGUGGAACACUGUUCCAGAAGUGCCAAGGCGAGAGGGCCUGCGAGCGUGUUUUAGUUCCAUUGCUGAGACACUCAUCGACCGACAUAUGCGAGAGAUUCCUAGCGUCAGUGCUAGACCGCAUCCUAGGUAACCUGAAGAAGGGACCCAAAGGCAAGCCGGCGCAUCCUAGCUACAGGAAAUCCUGGGAGGAGUACAUGAUCAGUCUGUAUUUGUUGCUGGUCGCUUUCGAAAAGCUGCCCACGUCAUCUUUAGAAUCGCCAGCGUCAGUAUUAUACAGUGCGACCACUAACUCUACGCCCUGGCACCUUGUGAGGGAAACUUGCAGUUGGUGCCAUCAGCUCAGAGAGCGAUUACACCGCCCCAUGCCAGAUGAUCAGCUCUACCCUAUGUACAGAAAGCUCCAAUGCCUGAUAUACAACGUGAUGUGUGCUGCCAUCUGCCGGCGGCGGCCGGCGGCGCCUCUAUACGAGCAGCUGCUCGGUACAGACGCGUUACAGAGAAUUGUCGAUGAGAAGGAGGAAUAUGUCCUACCUAUACGCACUAGCUGGACUCAGCGCACCAAAUCACUCCCCGUGGCGGUCCCGCUCGAGCCCAGCACGCUGUCUCCCUCGCACACGCAGCGCUCGCGCAUCUUCCUUCGCACUCUCUCCGAGGACCCCAUGCUGUUCGAUUUACACUCCAGUGUGGAAGAACAAGUGGAGGUACAAGACAUAUCACUGGUAGAGACGCCACUGAAUUCUCACCCUUGUGCCGGCACGCUCACGGCGUUACUACGCCACGCGGCUGGCGUGUCGACGCUGGCGUCACUGUGGCGUAUUCUGGCGUCUUUACUUAAAGGCGGGACAUCGGGAAAGAAUCUCAAGUGGCUCCUAGCUCAGGUGAUCUGCAACUGUAAAGAGGAAUUAAAGCCGCAAGCUAGUGUUCUGCUCCCGGGUUUGCUCGCCGUGCUCGCCUCCGUCGAGGAGGGGAAGUGUAUGAACGGACUGCAUUUAGACGUACUCGACACCAUACUGUACUGGAAGGAAGACAUCACCAGCGAAGACCUGAACACCAUCACCCACCACCUCAUCAGGACGUGUAUGGAAAACCGCCGUAAAAACGUGUUCGACGGCUUGCUUAGGACUCUGCAGGGGUUGUUGGAGUUGUAUGGAACCAUACAAGUCGAGUGGAAUAGCUUUGAAGCGUAUUAUGAAGAUCCACACCACGACACACAAAAAGCACUGUUCAAAGUAAUCAAAACGAUAUCGAAAACCAAAUACAUACCCACAGUGGUAUCAAAACUCGUGGCGAAAUUAGACACAGACCCAUCCAAUGUGUCCGAAUGUUUCGGGCUGGCCAUGUUGGGUAGUUUAGGAGAUAUUUUGAGAAGUAAUGGCAUCACGAGUUACGUUCGUGUGCUUUAUUAUGCCUCUUUGGGAUGUGCGGAAUGCUGUGGCGAACAAGAGUUCAGGAAAAUAGCGGACUACGUAACCAAAGUGAUCUCUCACGACCGAACCAAAUGCCUCCACAUACUGUCAUGCUACCUGUCGCGCGGACGCCGCGGCGAACACGUCGUCGACAUGUUCGAUACGAUAGACCUGCCCCACAUGAUCGACAAGGACCAGAAAGCUCUGUUGUUAGUAAAACACGGGUUACCCCUGAUGGAGGACGCGAUGAAGAGGCGCUGCGUGGCCCAGAUAGCUGCGUUAAAGCCAGCCACUGUUAAAGUUAGAAAACUCGUGGUAGAAGUCAUGCGGAAGGCUUACGAAGAACUCUUCACCACGCCACCACAGCCACCAGCCAAGCGACAGAAGACAGACUCCACCCCAAUCCUCACCGCGAGCCGAGAUGACGUAUACACCAACACUGUACUGACCUGCCUCGGAGUGUACGCUGUGGACGCGAGCGAGGCGGCGGAGGCUGCGAGAGACGCUUUAGAGGCACAUUUAGAUAGAGAUCUUGGCGCCAGUGUACUGACCUGCCUCGGAGUGUACUCCGUGGACGCGAGCGAGGCUGCGGAGGCUGCGAGAGACGCUUUAGAGGCACAUUUAGAUAGAGAUCUUGGCGCCAGUACGCCAUACGCUUUAAAAACUCGAACGCCACGCCUCACUUGCGUGAGCCGAGAUGACGUAUACACCAACAGUGUCCUGACCUGCCUCGGAGUGUACUCCGUGGACGCGAGCGAGGCGGCGGAGGCUGCGAGAGACGCUUUAGAGGCACAUUUAGAUAAAGAUCUCGGCGCCAGUGUACUGACCUGCCUCGGAGUGUACGCUGUGGACGCGAGCGAGGCGGCGGAGGCUGCGAGAGACGCUUUAGAGGCACAUUUGGAUAAAGAUCUCGGCGCCAGGUGA